GGAUGCGGAAACACUUGAUCUUUAUAUACAUAUAUGUUUAUAUAUGUAUACACUUUCAAAUACGUUUACGCGUGUCACGAAGUUGUGGCGGGGCGUGAUCAUGAUUGCAAUUGUAAUAUAUAUUUUGUAAAUUCGUCUGUAAGAUGACCUUGAUCUUUGUCAUCUGCUUGCUAUUUGGUAUUUCUCAAAUUACUGCAGAUAAAUUGAGAUUUUGUGCUGCGAGAAAUGUACCCGAGUCUCAAAAUAUUGGAAUGACUUUAGGGGAACUGAUUCAUCAGAAUGACAGCGAUGGGGUUGAUUGUAUUUUUGUUAAUGAAAGAUCCAAUUGUUUGAGACGAAUAGAAAACGGAGACGCUGAUUUUGCGGUAUUUGAACCGGAAGAUCUUGUCACCUAUUCAAGUAUCGAUGGCGGAGAGACUCCGAUUUUAAUAACUCAUGAAUUACGAUUAUCUAAAAAUGACAAAUCACGCUUCGACAUGGUGCUGCUGGUAUCGAAUAAAAUAAAAAGUUUUUCUGACAUAAAAGAUAAGAAGUUUUGCCACCCGGGACUUGACUCGGAACUGAUUGACUGGACGCGUGUAUUCGCUAAUUUUUUUCAAACGUGGGUGAUACCAAGCGAAUGCGAACAAAACAAAACGUUAUUUGAAAAUAAUAUCUCAUCAUUAUCAAAAUUUUUCGGAGCCGCCUGCAUCGCCGGCCCUUGGACAUUUGAUACUCACGAAGACAGUCGUCUGAAAUUAAAGUAUCGGAAUUUAUGUUCACUCUGUGAUAAUCCGAAUGGUUGCUACGCUGGCGAUAAAUACCACGGACGAGAAGGAGCAUUGCUAUGUCUGACAGAUAACGUCGGUGAUAUCGCAUGGGUCCGUUUAGAUGACGCUCAUCGUCAUUUUAUAAAUCAAAAAAUAGACAAUAGUAGUUAUAGUUAUUUAUGUCCGUAUGGAGAGACAAUAAGACCGAUGAAUCGCGGCAGACCAUGUACUUGGAUCGCUAAACCAUUUCCUGUUAUUGUUUCUCGCAGAGAUGCUGCAGAAAAAGUAUCUGAGUUGAUAAGAAAUCUAACUUACAAAGUUUCGUAUUCACAAAAAAAGUUUAUGGAGUUGUUAGAAAAUUAUCAUGUUGUCCCUGUGGCAACAGACGUUCUACAAACACCCGUUGAUUAUUUAAAUCAAUUUACAGGAUUCAGAGGAGCAUACACAAGAAUGCCAUGUAAACCUUCGCGACUUAUUAAAUGGUGUGUCGCGUCUAAUCUUGAAGCCAGUAAAUGUCAGUGGAUACGUGAUGCCGCAUUUUCUCAUGGAAUUGACCCCGCGAUAUCGUGCUAUCAACAACCAGGACGUGAAGCUUGUAUUGACGCGGUUCAACGUAACAAAUGUGAUUUCUUUGUCAUUAGACCGGAAGAGAUGACAAAGACUUAUGAAAAAAAUUUAGUAUCACUCCUUCAAGUUGUUUCGAAAAAAAAUGAUGAUUUAAAUAUAAUUGGAAUUUUAGUUAGAAAUAAUUCAAAUUUAAAUAACGUCAAAGAUCUUGAAGGAACAUAUGCGUGUUUUACUAGACAUCAAAGUAUUGGAUGGAACGCAUUUGUCGCUGUAAUGAGAAAUCGUACAAACAAUCCAAUAUGGAAUUGCUCAGACGACCGUGCAAUCACCCACUAUUUUCAAAAUAUUUAUUUAAAUAACGUGUCCUUAGAUAGUAAUGAUAAAAAAUCAGAAGUUGACAGAACGUAUGAGUGUUUAAUUACAGGGAGAGGUGAUGUUGCAUUUGUUGAUCUUCAUUUUAAAAACGACUCAUACAGAAAAAUGAAUAAUUUAAAAAGUAUAUGCGUUGAUAAACCCAAAUAUAUUAAUGACGAGUGUAUUUUAACAUGGACGUCUUUGGGUUCGAUAAUUGUAAAUUCAAAUAUGACGGAGUUAAGGAAGAAUGAAAUAAAAAGUUUGCUAAUGCAAUUGAAUGCUUGGUUUGGUUCAAAAUUUAUUGGCCAAGCACCUGCAGUAUCACUUUAUGGACUAUUUGAUACUCAUUCAGAUGUUAUUUUCCCUGAAAAAAGUCAUAGUUUGCAAGCAGACGAUGAUCACAUUCGACUACCGAGGAACUAUAGAGAUAUUUUAUAUCAACUCAAUAAAACUAAAAAUGAUUACUCCACUUGUGGAAGUAAUUACAUACAUGCUGUCAAAAGUACCGCGCUUUUAGUUAUUUUAAUACUUUUUAAAAAUUUAUUGUGAUAAUUAUUUUAUUCAAAUACCAAAAAUAUUUUUGUAUAAAAGAAAAAUGUAUUUUUAUUAUUUUAAUAUAUAGUUUAUUAAAUAUUUAGUAU